CUCCCAGGUCAAACGAUCAACAUGGACAGCGAAAAAGUCAAGCGGAUAUUCUGUGCUAUUGUGGGAGCGGGCAUGUGUGGCAUCUCGCUCGGGGAUAGGUUACUCGCGACCGGAACCUUGAAGCAGGACGAGUUUGUCAUUUUUGACAAGAACAACGACUUUGGAGGCGUUUGGGAGACCAAUCGGUACCCAGGCGCUGCCUGCGAUAUCCCGAGUCAUGCCUAUGUCAUGAAAACAUGUCUUAAUGCCGAUUGGUCUAGAAAGUUUGCCGAGGGCAAAGAGAUUCAACAAUAUUAUGCACGAUUUGCGAACCGACGAUCCCUUCAGAAGAACACGCAUUUUAAUACGUGCGUCCACGAAGCUCGAUGGAAUGAACAGACUCUCUUAUGGGAGGUUCUAGUGGAGGAUCGAAAGACCGGCCAAAGGACGAAGUGGAUUGCCAAUGUCAUCUUUGACAAUGGUGGUGGCUUUCACUGUCCGAAGUAUGCAAACAUACCCGGCCGUGAUAACUUCAAGGGCGAACAAUGGCAUACUGCCGAAUGGCCAGCGGAUGCUGACCUAAAGGACAAACGUGUUGCACUGAUUGGGACCGGCCCUAGUGCGGCUCAAGUUGCCCCCAAGAUUCAACCCAUUGUGAAGCAGCUUUAUAUGUUUCAGCGGAGCUGUGGCCAUGUCCUUCCGCGCAAAAACCAUGACAUCGCUGGUUGGAAGAGGACCAUAUUCCGAUGUUUCUAUCCUAUUCUUUGGCUCUACCACGUUUCAUGGUUCAUUUUUUUCCCCAAACAGUUCGACCGGACCAAGCCCAUGUGGAUGAGUGGCACUGAACAAAACCAGGCCAUGCACAAGGCAUGCAUUGAUUUCCUCGAACAAGAAGUCAAAGAUCCAGCAGUCAAAGAAAAGCUACGUCCGUCUAAUGAAUUCGGCUGCAAGCGUGUCCUCUUCCUCGAUGAUUGGUACUCCAUGUAUAAUGAACUAAAUGUAGAACUGGUGACUGAAAAACCAGUUCGGAUCACGGAGAAUAGCAUUAUCUUGAAAUCGCCACAGAAGAAUAUCGACGAAGAGACUGAGCUAGAAAUCGACGUCCUAAUUUGGGGGACUGGAUUCGACAUGAACGACUCUGGUGGCCAUUUCCAGAUCUAUGGAAAGGAUGGGAAGAAUCUCUCUCAAACCUGGAAAGAUUAUCCUAAGACAUACUGGAGUGUUGCAGUCACAGAUUUUCCCAACUUGUUCCUUACUCUCGGACCAAAUUCAACGAACUACUGGUCCAACGUCACUACAGUGGUGGAGAUCCAGGUGAACUAUCACUGUAAGAUUCUUCGGCGCAUCAAAAAGCAGGUUAAGAAGGGCCCCUAUGCUAUUUAUCCCGACCGCCAAGUUCAGGGUCGCUUCAACGACUGGUUGAAGGAGAAUCGUGGUUCCCCUACGUUCUUGUCCACGCACUGUGCGACAUAUCACAAAGUGAGUCCAUGGGUCCUAUAUCUCGGCGAAUAA